AUGACAUCAAUGCUUUUCUCUGCAGUGCCUCCCAAACCUCCCUUUCUGAGCGCCCCGCCGUUCUGCUCGGCGUGCUGCGGGGGGUCCUGUCGGCGCCCUGCGGCCCCCACUGCUUUUCCAAGAGAAGAGAGUGUGCUGCCUCUCCUGACACAGGACUCUAAUUCCAAAGCUCGGAGGGGUAUUUUAAGAAGAGCAGUCUUUUCUGAGGACCAGAGAAAGGCUCUGGAAAAAAUGUUUCAGAAGCAGAAAUACAUCAGCAAAACAGACCGAAAGAAACUUGCCAUCAGCUUGGGUCUAAAGGAAUCACAGGUGAAAAUCUGGUUUCAGAACAGGAGGAUGAAAUGGCGGAACUCCAAAGAAAAAGAGGUGCUUUCCAGCAGGUGUAUCCAAGAAGGGGGCCUUCAAGAGGAUCCCCUGUCACGAUCCGCUCUGGUGUUCCCUUCCCCGUGCCCUUCGCUCUGGGAAGUCUCCCAGCAGCACUCAAGUCCAGGAUGGAGGGAGAAUUCCCCAGAGCCUUCGGAGAGACUAACCCAGGAGAGUCCAGGGGCGCUGCCCCCAGAAGCAACUUCCCUGCAAGGUGCCUUGUGUUUGUGUUCCGAAGAGGAAGCCGGAGACAAGGGCGUACUCACUGGCGCGGUGUGAAUGGCAGCGCUCUGCCCCGUUAACUUAAAGGAACGCUGAACUAAUAAUGUCUGGACUCUGAGCCCGCUAGCUCGCGUCUCAUCAGUGCCUAAAACCUAACGCCUGUGGACUGAACCGUGCACUAAUGUUUUAGGAAACCCUCUCCUAGACUCAGACUUAAUUUGUAAGUUGAACAGAAUCUCCCAGGAAGUACAACGAACCGAAAAGAAUGAGAAUGAUAGUUGGUUCAGUCCCCGCUCUGAGUAUGUGUGUAUAUGCGUGUGUCUCUAUGUGUGUGUGUAUAUAUAUAAAUAUUCAUUAAAAUACAUUAGCGGAAACUAGUUCCUCUUUAAAUAGUGCAUUGAGCAGAUUCACUUCCUUUUAUGUGAAGAAGGACCAACUGUGGGUUUUUUUGAAAAGGAUACAAAAUUUGGACUUGAGUUCAGAUUUUUCAUAUCAAAAGAACAUGUUUUUAAAAAUGCUCUAUUUUCUGGUUUCUUUUGGUAUCCCCAGCUGUAAAUGAUUUUUAACAACUCAGCUCAGCAGUCCUAAUCAAAUGAGCCACUGUUAGAUAUCUACACUGAAAGUAUAUAUUCAAAAUUAACCCAACAAGCACACUAGAAGAAUUUCUGAAUGUAACUGUUAGUAUCUCUGAUUUCCAAGGCUCUGGACUUUAUCAGGCCGUCAGUGAGGAAAGUGUCUAUUUAACUAAUGAUUAUCUUUUGAUCUCUUCUCGGUAAGGAUGGGCUGUAGUCAGGGUUUGCAAAAUAAAAUGCCUUUAAGGGCCCGUCAGGUAAAUAGAGGUCAUGGCCCACCUAAAGAUAUUCGAGUUUAAUAAUCUUUCAAAUCCCGUGUUGGCUGAACCCAACAUCUGUGUCAAGUAAUUUGUGACCUCUGGCCAAGACUUAAAGAAGGGUCACAGCUCUUAAAAUGUUCCCAACUGGACUUCAAAACCCAAUACUGAUGGAAUCUAUCAUGAUUUCUGUUUACACCUCUAGUUAUAGACUCAGUUUUCCACUUAGGUGGUGUAUACUAUAUAUUAGGUUAUUUUUAUAAAUUAACAAACACCAUACAGAUGUUUUAUGCCUUGUGAAUGCUCUGAAAUAGUAGUAUUAUAAAAUUGCAUUUCUGGUAACGAUUUGCUUAGUUAACCUAGAAAUUUCUAUUCCAGGUCCAAGAAGAAAUUAUUUUUCACUCUGAAGGAAAUGAGGCAGAAAAGGGAAAUGAUGUGGUUUUGAACGAGGGUUAUUAUUAAUCUGUGGACAAGCAACAUGAUUAGAAGUUCAUGAUGUGGAAUUUUGUUAGUAAGAAAGCUGCGUAAAGAGAGUGGCUUCUAAUUUGCUGACAUUCUUAGCUAUAGAGGGUUUAGGGUGUUUUAGAAAAGAUAAUAUUUUGGAAGAUAAUGGUUUUUGUCAACAGCAGGAAGUUAUUUUGUGUGAAUGGAACUUGAAUUGGUGUACGCCAGUCUGUGUCUUUAUCACAAGGUCUUACUUCAAAAUCAUCUCAGAAGCAACUUGUCUUGGUGCCUCUUUGCAGGAAGUAGAGGCAGGGAUCUGCUGACAACAAUUUAAAUUUUAAAACCUGUCUUCAAAUGAUUGAUGGUACCGUUUCUUUUCUUUGUAUAGUGUUAACCUCAUUUACGUUUAUUGGGUUCUUCCUAGGUCCUAGGGACCGUGCUGAGCCCUUAGGGUGGAUUAGCUCGUUUAAUCCUCCUGACAGUAACCCUAUGAUGUAGGGACUGUGACUAUUAGGAUUCUUGUUGCCCAGACAGGGGCCCCGGGGCAGAAUGAUGAGGGUGAUUGCCCAAGGUCGUGAGGUUAAUCAGUGGCAUUUGGUUCCUGGCAGUCAGGUUUCAGAUCUUGAAAUCUAAGCAACCACGUGCAGGUGUACACCCCACUGAAGUCCGUUCACUGUGGGAUGCAUUGUAAGACAUCCAUUUUGGCUAUUGCCGCGAAAUUUAUUAAAGAAAUUCAGAAGCACCGUGUACUUCACAGUCUCUUACUUGGGGAAUGGUUUUCUCUCUAGUAUUCUUUUCUCCAUUAAUUUUGGUUUAGGGAAAGUAAAGAAUCACAACAGCCUUCAACUGUGAAGCCUCUGUAGUGAAUAGUCCCAUAGGAAUGUUUUAAGUGUGAAGUGGAAUUUUUUUUUUUUAUCACUCAUCGCUGGAAAUCAUACAGUGCUUAUCUAUGGUCAAUGUUUCUUGAGAAUAACUUGAAAAUCAAAUGAGAGAAACCUGCGUCUUGGCCAUCUGAUUGCUCAGGCUUUAGAAGUGAGCUAAUUGGUGCUUAAAUGAUCUAACCCCCACCCCCACCCCGGGUUUCACCUGGAGCUCUGAGCCAGCAGAGACUCCUCUCUGUGUGAUUGGCUUGAUGUGCAUAUAUGCAGAUAAAUGUUUUCAUUGGUUUCCACUUUGGUGUUGAGGCUGAGGAAAAGUACAUCUCGGAUGAAUGUAUUAGGGGCAUUUAGGAAGCGCGCGCGCACACACAUACACACACGCGGUGCACGUGAAUGUGCCUGUUGUGCAGUUACUCUGUCUCCAUUUACCUGAACUGCUGGAGAGGAGCUCUGAGCUUCAUGCUCUGUUUAGCAAGGACCUCCUUUCUCCCUUCAUUUGUGCUUUACUAACCCUCCCUCCACCUGCGGUGGACUUAGCACAUGUAUUUUCCUUGGUGAUCUAAAUGCAGACUCCUUUUCCCCAAGUGAUCACAUACUAGUAUAUUUGCUGUUUGCUCUCCAGAGAAACACUGCUCUAGUGAGCACCAGGACCUUAGUAGCCUGGAGGCAAAACUAUUUAAGAUAUUUUAAAACAAAUUGUCAAAUGAUCUUAAGUGGAAGAGAAGGAAAAAAAAAAACGGUGAACACCAUCCUUGAGCUUUUAUAAAACUAAAGAUAAAGGACUGGAAGUAUAUAAGCAGGUUAGGAAUCUGGAGCCAGAGAAGGCCAUGAUCAUUGAUCUUUAAGAGGCAACUCUGUGUUCUUAGUGAUAAGGUGGUUUGAGUGGGGAACCCAGUUAUUCACUUCAGUGGUUCACAAACUGUGUCCAUACCAUGAACACGCCGUACCUUCCAACCGGUUCUGGGUGUGUGCUCAGAUUUGGACACACACUUAGUACAGAGUCCACAAUAGCCACACCUCCCACCCCACCCUGCCGAGAAUCUUUAUACGUGUACUUUUUUCACUUUUCAGGUACAAAAUCAUGAUUAAAUGUAAACUGCACAUGUGUCUUUGGGCUCCCUUCACUCCCCAUUCGAUGCAUCCUUUUCAAUGAUGCAUACCCCACAAAUUGCUCCAGGACCCAUCCCUUGAUGACCAGUGAUUCUGUCGAGUUCUGCUGGCCUUUAAUACAGCAAAGCUAAUUCCGUUGCAUUCAUAAGCUUGUGAGGCCCUCCUCGGCACUCUUGAAAUUCACACAAAAUAUUUUUUUUUCUGGGUCUCAGCACUUCAUGUGUGAGGCUGUCCUGAGCUCUAUGUAAACAAAUACAAGGGAGAGCAUGGUCCUUGCCCUCAAGGAAUUUAUAAUCUAGUCUUCUUGCCAAACAACUUUUGAAAUAUUCCAUGCUACCAGUAAAUGAAUCCAGUAAAUUUGGGGUAAAAAAAAAUAGUCUUCUAACAUCCUCCAAAACCCCAUCUCUCCAUUUGCAGUGGUGAUGGUGGCAGGGCGGGGGUGUGGUUAUUGAUUGCUCCAAUUUCAGAAAAAUACAAUCUACAUAGCAUUGUUUAUAUUCUAUGCUCUCUCUUCUCCAUUUAGACCACAUUGGUUCAGAGAGGAGUCAGUCCAAGGAAAAUAACGGUAAUUUUUUCAUGUAUAGCAGUACCCUCUCCUUUCUUCUUCCCACCUUCCCAGUCUGAGAUCAACCUGCUCCCAUGGUGGGUGGGAAGAGUGAAGAAAAAGCAAGUAACACAAGUGUCAGGGGAAAGCAGGAUGAUGACUCUUCUCUUAAAUAUAUAGGGAAGACCUCGCGGAAUUAAUUUAUGCCCUUUAUUAACCACUGCUGAAAUAAGCAACUACCUUAAGGACAAAGUCCAGUCCCCCGAAGAUGGUUGUUAGCUUGCAGCUGUUUGCUGGGUUCUAUUACGUUAUUAUUUUUGGUUAUAAAAGUUAUACACGCUCAUUAUAAAGAAACACACUUGAAAAUACAGCUGACAAAAAUUCACGUGUGAUUCCGCCAUCUGGAGAUAGCCAAUUUAGCUCUUCUGUGAAAAAUUUUCACUUUCGAAUGUAUGUACAUGAAAAUGCGUGUGUCUAAAUAAAUUUGCAUCAUAGUGUAUAUCCAGUUUACCCUGCUUUUUUAAACUCAACUUUAUAGAGAAUAUUUUCCCAUGGCAUUAAACACUCUUUAAACUAUUUACGGCAACCGUGUC